AUGCCGUCGCAUUCUCGGUCCAAGACGGUCGACGUCAUCGGGCAAGGCAAACGCCUGUCCCUGCAGUUCCCCAUCCAGCCAAGUACGGGCAUCAGUUCACCAACCUCCUCGACACGGUCGCGCCCGCAAUCAUGGAUGAACGGGGCAACGUCUGUUCAUUCGCCCGAACCCGAGGAUUCUACCUCCGAGACAAACAUUCUGGCGGUUCUCGCUGCUCAGGAGCGCUAUGUCCUCGAACUCAAGGAGGAGCUCACCAAAGCAGAGGCUGAUCUGAACACGCUCAAGACGCAUUGGACCCAUCACGAAGCGAAUAAGCGUCGCAAUGAGGUGCGCAAGGUCGCCGCGCUGCAGCCUCUGAACACAUCGCUCGCCAAUGCUCCACCGGGCCAAUACGAAGACGAUGGUUCGAAUUCGUGGAUGCAGAAAGAGAUGGAGCGCAGGAAGAACCUGCUCAGCAGCACCAAAACAUCCCAACGGAAGGUCUUCAGCGGCUCGCGACAUCUAAGAACCCUAUCACUACUCUCUCCCGACCGCCUCCAGUCGCCAUCAUUCCCCCAGCCACUCGAUCUACACGACGACCCCGCUUCCAACUCCCGACCGCAGCUUCCUGCACGGGCUUCCACCUCGUCAGAGAUCACACGACAGGUCGUCAAUGCCGGCGAGCACGACCGAUACGACAUGGGCGGCAUGCCCACCAUACAACGUGAGCAGCUCAUUCGGGCUGGCACUCAGAUGGCGCAGGAUUUCAAGAAGGGGCUAUUCACAUUCAUGGAGGAUAUCCGACAAGCUACGGUGGGCGAUGAGGCCGUCAACACGGCGGACGGCAAUACUGGAAUACCAGGUGUCAAGAACCCCUCUAAAUCUGGCCGCAAACCGUCCGAGGGUCGCCCCGCCCUUAGUCGGUCCGCCAGCUCGAAGAAGACCACACAACAACUAGGUUCCACUGGCGACGACUUCUGGAAGGAGAUGGGCCUGGGCGAGCCCAAGACUACUGUAGUCAACAAGAAGACGCACGCACUCAAGAACACGACGACCCCGCAAAAGCAGAUCCGCAAAGUUGCAUCCGAAGAAGACUGGGAUAACUGGGACACGCCCAACGAGUCACUUCUGGUCGAUUUGGAAGACUCCAAGGACAGCUCAGAUGAAUCGGAUGCGCAGACCUCGCCGGUAUCCGGCCCAGGCAGCUCUCGAACUAGCACCAGCACUAGAUACCACUCGAAGCGUCACGAUUCCAAGGCAUCGUCGCUCACCUCCAUCAACCAAGAGGACCUGACACCACGAGAGUCAAAGCGCAGCUCCAUCCCAUGGCCUGAUAUGACCAAGGUGUCACCCAGCAACCUGAAGCGUACCGCAUCACAUCUAAUGAAAGAGUGGGAGAAGCAACUCACCCCGCCCCCGGAAUCGAGGAGUGAAGAUUACUCGCAUGGCGAUUUUAUGAACUGA